AACUUUGUGUUACUGUCACAGGGAAAUAUUGUAUAUAGAUACUCUUGCUUUAACUUAAUAUAAAUUAAAUUUACCAUGGGGAAUGAAUCUUCUUCUCAAGGCCAGCAGUACGGCAAGAAAAUAACAAACAAUGUCGCAAUUAAGUGGAUAAAAAGCAGCAAGCAGUGCGUAUUUGCUGCCAGAGAGGGCCAGGCAUCGGCUGUUUUGGGAGGUAAGCUAUACCUAUUUGGAGGCGUGUUGCUAAAUACUGGGAACCAGGAUUCUGAGUCAAAUGAAUUGCUUGUUUUGGAUGUUGAGAGUGGUGUUUGGGGUAAAGAGAAAUGCACGGGUGAAUUACCAAGCCAAAGGUCUGGUGCAACUAUGGUUGCAGUUGGUAAAAAGCUUUAUUUGUUUGGAGGUUUAAGUCAGUUUACCGGCUGGAUGGAUGAUUUUUAUUUCUAUGACGUGGAAACUAAAGUUUGGACACAGAUUACUGCAAAAAAUGGACCCUCGCCCAGAGAUAAACUAUCUGCUGCUGUUUUUGAGUCGAAAAUAUAUUUUUUCGGUGGUUUUGGACCGGCAGGUGAGGACGAAGUUUCAGCUGAAGAUGUUCUUCCAAUUGAUGAUGAUGGUGAUGAUGAAUAUGAAGACAUAGAUGAGCUACACGAGGUUCGGAACUUUCAAGAUGCCGCAAACUUCACUUGGUCCGACCAGCUGUUCAUUUUCGAUACAGUUACCGAAAAAUGGGAGUUAAAAAUACCUGAGAACGUGGAAAAACUUCCGAGUGCACGUGCAGCGCACACAGUAACACCUGUUGUAGGGUCUGGUGGCCAGAAAUCGCUGUUUGUGUUUGGAGGAAAAGACAGCAAGUCUCGGCAGAAUGAUUUAUGGAGGUAUAUUGUGGAGCAAAACAAGUGGGAAUGCUGCCACACAUUCGGACGACAACCCCAACCAAGGUCAUUCCAUGCUGCGACUGCUGUAGGGAAAAGAUUAAUAAUCCAUGGUGGGCGAGGGAUCAGCGAUCAGCACUUAGGCGACUUUAAUAUCUUUGACACAGAAACCAUGCAGUGGCUGCAACCCGAUGUGAGUUGUGUGUCUGAAGCUGGAGACUCAAUUACCCCGCCCCCGGAAGUUGGUCUUCAUACACUCUGUUCAUUGAAUAAUGCUGUUGUGCUUUAUGGAGGAACUUCCAAUCUAGAUCCAGCUACAGGGACCUGCACUCAGUUUUACAAUGAUGUUUAUCUAUUGAAAUUUAAAGAUGUUUUGACAGGACAAGCAACGAGUGAAGAAGAAAAAGAAAAUAAUAAAGAGCAGGAACAAAAUGUUCCCAGCUUUUUAAACUUAAAACAAGUUAACCCAACAGACUCUAAACCAGAAGUAACUUCUUCACCAGAAACCUCUUAGCUUUUUUAGUUAAUUUCUAUUGUUAAUAGAUUUUUUCAUACAAGAACAAACAUAUUUUAAAAGUGCAGUUUGUCAAAUUUGUGUUUUCUAACUGACUAAAUUAGAACUCUUCCUUAAUAUAAGAUGCUAUUUUUAAUGUGCUUUUUUUCUGUUUUCUUUAAACUAAUUGUGUGUAAAACCUAUAUAAGCACUGGGCUUCAUUUUUAACUUACUGGGAUACUUUCAAGUUCUUUUUCAAAUUAAUUUGGAAAGGCUAGACCAGUGCUCUUCAACCGGUGUGCACGUAUAUGCCAGAAGUGCAUCAGUACAAAAAGGUAUACAAGGGUGAAUCACAAACUUCAACAAUUUUCAGAAAUAAUAUACAGUUUUGAACAUUUUUAACAAAUUUCGCCACUUUCCUACAGUUUUUUUUAUUUAAAUUCUAUAUUUGCAUCACUGGGAAUUAAGAAACGUCAUUAGUUUUACGUUAAAGCAAUCAGCGGUGCAAGAGUUUGUCGAAACAACUUUAUGGGUUAACCCAAAAAAGGUUGAAGAGCACUGAGCUAGACUUUUGAUAGCCUAUAGCAUAUUGUGAACUUUCAACUUGUAUUUUCUAAUUUCUUUUGUACAUAACA